AUGUUAGGGUCGGGUCGGGUGUUGGGGUCGGGAACACAGCAAACAAUGUCUGUCAAAGAGUUGGAGCGAUUUGUACGACAUUUUGUCUUAAAGUGUGUUCAAGUGAUCGUUCAGUCAAGACUUGGUUCCCAACGGAUCAAAACCGAGUCCAACAAUAGGGGCAAUGAUUGGUUCAAUUUAGCCAUUAAUGACAUCAAAGACAUCAACGAACAGACGAAGAAGUGCUUGGAAUCGAUUGGAUGUCAUUUGGAUGGCAACCAAAAGCAAGUGAACAACUCUUUGAUUACUAUUAAAAACGAUUGGAAGAUAUGCUGCGAGAUAUCGCUGAAGACAAUGGACGGCAAUUCAAUGACACUCGAGUACUGGUUUGUGUCCAACGAGACCAACGACAGAGACAACAGUGAGGCUCAUUCGCCCACAUCUCAGGUGUCGGCCAACUCUCCCACACUUAUCUCCAAUGUGUAUAAGAAGAUGAGUCUUAUGUUGAAGUCCUUGAUUUCUGUGACCAGAGCCACACCCGCUUACAAACUCAGCCAAAGGGGUCAAAGUCCCGACUCAUUCGUUAUCUGCUAUCGGGUCUAUCGAUGCGAUUCAGACACCAAUGUCUUCAACUCCGAGGAAGAGGCCCAACACUUCUCGUCAACCAAACAUUUGGGAUCUAUUAGAAGUGAUUCCAACGAACUCUUUGUUUCAUUCAUAUAUCGAACUGAUUUGACAAUCGAUUCGAAGACAUUUAACGAAAACAUCACCACAAAUGUGACGCCAAUUCCCAAAAGUCCUCAAUUGCUUCCUCUAAAGAACGAUCACUUCAAGAAAGAGGAGAGACUUAAGACAAUUGAAGAGAGGGAUCCAUCCAAACCAUUGGUGGCUGCGUUUGCUGUCCAAACAGAUAACAAUGCGGAUCACCUGAUACUCAUCCCUGAGCCGCCAUUCAGUAGUCUCUUACCAAAUGAGGACACAAUCGACAGCAUGAAAAGGAUAUCAUCACUAAAACCGCCACAAAAAUCUGAUCCAAUAGUCAUACCAACCAAGAGUGUGGUCGAGAACAGCAUUACUUCUUCGCCCAUCUAUUCCUCGUCCGGCGAUUCGUUUGUUUUCGUGGAACUAAAGGCGCCGUUCGCUUGCGAAGAGGACCACGAGUUGGGCUCCUUCUUCAACGGCCCGUCGCCCACAUUCACCGGCAGUUGUGCCGACUCUAUGGGAGACCUUUCAGAGCUGACCACAACCAUAGCUGAACUCGAAUCCAAUGCUCAACAAUGGGAUACUUUUGUCGAUUCCAUCGACCGGUUGACCGAAAACGAAGAGCCCAUUAAAGAUGUUUAAAAGAGAUGAUUAUAUUUUCCCUUCAAUUGUUUCAAUCAUUAAAUUACAAAUAAUUUUCUAUAAAAAAUCAUUUAAAUGUUAAAAACUCGAAAUCAUUUAUAAAGUAAAUUAUAUAAAAAUAUACGAAUAAAAUAUAUAUAAAAGUAAUGUUUUAA